UUCACCACUUCCCUCAUAGGAAAGUCACAUGGGUGAAAUAUGACUAUGUCUGUUGUAUUUAAAUUUGAGGAGUGAAAAUGUUCUCACACUGCAGACCGUGCCAAAAAAUUCAACAGAAAUUAUCUGAAGGCACCUGUACUACUGAAAAGCAUCUGCAUUGUACUACACUACUGUAUAUUACCUGAUUUCCAUCGGUUGUGCAUCAGAGGGAUUUUUUCUAUAUCAGGAUGCAGACUAUUGCAGUGCUUAUUUUCAUUUUAACUGUUCAAGUUGCCCUCGGACAGGAUCACAGAGUGGCGGUUGAAGGACAGAUAAUUCCAUUGAAUAUGGAGCUGAAUUCUGUUGAUGACCAAUAUGAGGGUUGUACAGAGAACAUGGAAUACCUUGUGGAGACAGAAUUUCUAGAGAAAGAAAUCUCUGGGAAUUCUGCAUUUGCAGCAGCUUGGAAAGAAGGUGUAAUAAAGGCCAAAGCACCUGAAUAUAACUUGACGCGGAACCAUUCAGUCAGCAUUUAUGUGUACACUAGUAACAGAGUAUAUAAGGAUUUCAAUAAUGCUACUCGUAGUGAUAAACAGAAAUACAUAAACAUGACAUUCACAUGGUACUCGCUUCACUUUUUGUUAACAGAAGCGAUACAGAUUCUGAGGAAAAUGCAAAACAAAUGCCAAUUAACUUAUCGUGGUACUAAUGUAGAAUUUGAUAAGGAUGUUCUGCACAAAGAGGUUCGUUUUGGCUCAUUUGUAUCCUCUUCUCUCGAUCGAACAGUAGCAGAGGGAUUUGGACGUGUGUCUUGUUUUGAAAUUGAAACUUGUGAAGGUGCUUAUGUGGCAAAAUAUUCUGUUUUUCAUGGAGAGAAUGAGGUGCUGAUUCCUCCAUUUGAGAAGUUUAAUGUCACUGCUCUCAAGAUAGGUUCCUGGUGUAAAACUGUAUAUGAGCUGAAAAGUUCUGGAAGAAGAAGUGACCUGAACUGUGCUGUGGCAUCAGAAUUAUGUGACCUCAGUGUUAAAAACUCUGUAAAAAGAAGUGACCUCAUUUGUCCUGUGGGAUCAGUCGAGUCCCAGAUACAUCACAGAUGUCAAUAUUUCUGGCUCGCAAGCCUUUACAUCUUCAUUCAUUACUUUGGUUUCUUUUAAAAGGUUAUACUGACAUUAUAAUAACAUCUGAUAACUUGAUAUCAGAUCAAGCACACUUCUGGAAAUGUGGCUAAUAUCAACAGAUUAAUCAUUGUCUGAGCAAAAAAGACCUCUAAAAACCUUUUUCCAAUUUUUAUGCUGCAAGAUCAGAAGCAGUCAUCUACAGUAUUUCUGUUUUCAAAAGAUUAUACAUUGUAAUGAAAGUAGCAAUUUGCUUUAUGUCACAAAACUUAAUUGACUUAAAAGUCUUUGUUCAAGGUCACCACAAUGUCACGUAACUUUCCUGGCAAUUCUGAACAGGAAACUUAUUAUUAAAAAAGCAUUUAUUACAACACGAAUGUAAUGACUCAGUGUCUUACAGUUAUGUUUUCUAUAUAUCCUCUUUAAAUUGUAAAAAUGGCUUUGUAAUGUUUAACCCCUGGUGCAAGAAUUAUUAAAUCACAAAGAAACCAGUAUCUUUUUGUUUGUUUUUACUUUAAAACAAAAAUUUAAUAAUUACCAAACUUUUUUUCUUUCCAAAAUGAUAUAUAGCGAGAGAGACAAACAUCAAUCCACAGCAAAAGAUAAUUCCAGAGGUAGGCCUACUCUUUUUUACUUGAAUUUACGUGACAAAAAUGUAAUUGCCAUUUUGAAUGAUAUUGCCAUUCACAAUGAUAUAUAAAAAGAGGACAAUCAAACUAAAUUAUAGUUAAGGAUCAAAGGUAAUCAUCCAUGGUGGAUGUAAAAUAUCACGCACUGAAUUGUUACAAAUUGCUCUUAAAAAUCUGUCCACUGUAGCGGACACCAUACAUCAGAGCAGGAGUUUUCAACCUUACAGAACAAGUGCACCCCUCCGUUUCUCUAAUAUGAGCUUGCUCUUCUUUUAUGAAACAUUUAUAGCAGUUUAUUAUGCUCAAAAGUGUAAUACGCAUUGCCAACAGAGUCUGUCAGACUGAAAUAAAGGCUAUUGAUCAUCAGUGGUGAAUUGCUCCAAUGUCAGAAAUAUGAUCUUUGAUAAUAUAACACAAGAAGACAACACUUUACACAAUUUUAAAUAAGUGGCAAGAGUGUAGUGUUCUAGAGUAUUUUAAUAAAACAAGGUGAUUUUUAAUCUCGACUAAGUCUACUGUUAUUCUACAAACGUUUUUUUUUUUUUUUUUUUUUUUUUAAUCCCUAAACCUAGACCAAUAUUUUUAACACUGACUCCUACUAGAGCUUUCAAGCUACAUCCACCAAACCUACAGACCUUCAGACUGUUCUGGAAUAGUGUGCUUUGUCUUUUCUAACACUGACUUACGUUUUUCGCACAGCCGAUGAUCAAAAAAUCGGAAAAAUCCCAUAGAGUUACAUUGAUGGAAUGUUCAAUUGGGCUAAUGGAAUGCUCGUUAAUUUGAACAAUUCAAAAAUUCAAAUGUAAACA